GGGUUUUUCCCACCACCGUACCGCUUUUUGUGAGAAUAAAGACUCUGAGCCGCCUGAAGAACGUAGAGCAAAACCCAGGUUGAAGUUACUCCAAAGUUACUCCGGUUCUCCGGUCCGCUUGUGAUCGAUGACAGAAUCUUGAUGAUGUCAUCGUUUCUCGUUUCCUCACCUCUUACCGUCACUGUCUGACACGACGUCGACCGCCGUCGUCGUUGACAAUGACGAAGCCGACCCUUGUUCAGACCCUUCUUGGCCGACCUUCGCAAACAUACUCAUUUCCCCAGGACAAGCACUACUACUCGAGCAAAGCUCAGCUGCUUCGUCUUGCCGAAGGCGGUGGAGGCCAAGACAGGUACAGCAGGGAACCUCAUGAUGAAGAGAAGCGGAAAAGGAAACGCAGUGCUGGCCACUCGCAAUCAAUGAAUGUGACGAGAACAGAAGUUACACAUAAAUCUAAUAAUGAUAACAUCACGAAUCUUGACGCAUCACCUUUAUCGAGUGUUACCCCGCAGCAGCAGCCAUCAGUCGUCGUGCUCAACGAUACGACCAGCGACGAAGACGACGACGACGAGCACGACAUCUUCUACACUCCCAACUCUUCACCUAGUGCUUCUAUGGCUUCAUCAGUUGUUGCUAUCCUGCCGCUUCCUGCAAACGCCAAGGCUAGCCGACCGGCGAAAACCGAAAUUGCGAUUGCUGUUCCGUCAACGAGAACGCCAGCAUCGCGAUCAACGACAUCCCUGUCGUCUACUGUGGCGACGUCACUUGACGGACACUCCCUUUUUUCUGCCGAAUCAAAUCCGAUGUCUGAAUCCACACGUCUUACGACACCAUUCACCUCUGAUUCCGGACACGAGCCUCCGCGCAGGAUGGUGCGCUCUAAAAGCCCCCAUACGAAACGCUCUUAUACUUACACGGAUGAAGACUGGGCAAAGGACGUGCGUUGGUUGGUCAUGCCCGAAGGGAAAUCAACCAGGUCAACCAAGACUCCAUUACCUCGAACGAAGCCCAAUAAUGUCAACAUGUCUCGCUCACAGCGCUCCACUCCUUCAUCACCACCUCGCAAUCAUUCCAUUUCCCACGCAGCAAAAGUUACGCCCAGUAUCAUGAUGAGCAUGACCGCCCUUUUAGAGGAGGAUGAGGAUCGAGACGGCCGGUUAUCUAGACUGGUUCAGAUGCACGAAAACCCCCGGAGCAGUGUCCUUAUUUCCCAUCCGAGGAACAGGACGCGCAGGCCCUUCUAG